CCAAUUUUGAAAAUUGGAAAAUCUCAUUUUAUGGUGGUAUUUACGUUUAUGACAAGGCGUGUAAUCAGCAACUGUUAUACUAUCGAAAAAAUGGUUAAACAAAAGACCAAGCGACAGACUAAACAAGCCACACAUUCACAAACCACAGAUAAGAACCAAAGAGAAAGAGGAUGUGAAGAUAUUCACUGUGUGAAUGAUGAAGACACUAAUGCUAUACGCCAGAAACUACUACAGUGGUAUGAUAAAAACAAAAGAGAUUUGCCAUGGAGACGAUAUGCUGUAGAUGAAAAGGAUCCAAACAUAAAAGCCUAUGCAGUGUGGGUAUCUGAGAUCAUGCUACAGCAGACACAAGUGGCCACUGUUAUAGACUACUACACAAGAUGGAUGACCAAGUGGCCCACACUCCAAGCUCUCUCCAUGGCUUCAUUGGAGGAAGUCAAUGAAAUGUGGUCUGGUCUAGGCUAUUACUCUAGGGGCAGGAGGCUGCAUGAAGGUGCAUGUAAGGUUGUCUCAGAGCUUGGAUGUAACAUCCCUGAUAAUGCUGAUGAUCUCUUGAAGCAACUUCCUGGUGUAGGAAGGUACACUGCUGGAGCUAUAGCAUCUAUAGCCUUCAACCAGGCAACAGGUCUUGUUGAUGGGAAUGUUGUGCGAGUGUUUGCCAGACUACGAGCUAUAGGGGCUGACAGCACUUCACAGCCAGUUACAGACAGACUAUGGUCUCUAGCAAAUACACUUGUUGAUCCUGAAAGGCCUGGGGACUUUAACCAAGGGCUGAUGGAGUUGGGAGCCACAGUCUGUACACCAAAGACACCGCUUUGUGCUAAAUGUCCUCUACAAAGCCAUUGCUUGGCAUAUCAGCAGGUUGAGCGUGAGAAACAUGUGCUCCAGUCUCAUCUUGUAAAGUCUAAUACAGUGGAUGUAUCAAGUCCUGAGAUACCUGACAUAGAAUGCAUAGGUGAAGACUGCAAACUAUGUAUCCCUCCAUCAGACCCAUGGCAAUAUGAUCUUGGAGUACAGAACUACCCCCGUAAGCCUAAGAAGAAGGCUCCCAGAGAGGAGAGAACUGGUGUAUGUGUGUUAUGUGACAAACAGAACCCCAAAAUGCCACGCUACCUCAUAACUCAACGUCCAGAGACAGGUCUUCUGGCAAAUCUGUGGGAGUUUCCCAACUUUAAGCUAGAGGAGAAUGGAAGAAAAGAAAAGCUAAAUUCUGGAAGUUUCUUAGAGAGCACACUGUCCAUUGAUUCCUCAGACACCAUUGAUCAACAACAUAUAGGGGAGGUGGUCCAUAUAUUCUCCCAUAUCCACCAAACGUAUCUGGUUGACAGUCUGUGCAUCAAUGAAAGAGGAGUCAACAACAUAGCCAAUGACUGUAAUGGGCAAGCAACUAAAUGGGUCACGAAAGAGGAACUUCUCUCCUCUGCAAUAUCAACUGCAAUGAAGAAGGUGUUCAAAGCCUUUGAAUCAAAGAAAUCAGGAAGUCCUGUAAAAAAUAAGGGCUCCAAACGUAAAUCAGAGAAAACUCUGAAUACUGGUGGAACAAAGUCUAAGCAACUAGCGAUGGACAUGUUUUUUAAACCAAAGUCCAAGACUUGAUACUACAGCAAAAAUGAUAGGAGAGCAGGACUUAACUCAGAUGUCAUUCCAACUCAGGCGUUUUAAUUGAUGGAUUGUUGAAAAGGAACUUAAGAUAUAUACUGUACUUACAAUAACAAUAUAUUUUAUAAAUGUUCGUCAAUGCCCAGUGAAAUCUGAAAAUGGUGACUUGGAGACUUAUUGCCUUAGAUGGCAUGU